UGCCCCUGUUGGGGGCGCCAGGGUUUCUUAUUUUAUAGCCUCCUCCCCCUAACUCCUGGCCCAGUGUGCACCGGGGCUACAGAAGCGUGGUGGCUGUGGUUUUCUGGCGUCUGGCCUGCAGACAUCUCCAGUAGGUCCAGUGGAACAGUACCCCCCCCAUACACCCUGGGGCCAGGAACUGCCUGACUGUGGACAGCUGGAGAGUUGACUGAGUGUUGAGUGCCUGGGGCAUCCCUGUAUCCACACCAGCAGAGGGGCCUACUCAGCAAGGCACCUGCAGCACCUGCAGCAGAGUCCUUGGAAUUUGAGAAGGAACCCACAGCAGGAGGAGGCUGUGGAAACCUCGGACACUUCUGCCUUUGUGCUUGGCAUUGGCUCAGAAUUCACUGAGCUGUGGUCAAACUCUGAGCAGAUUACUACCCCUAGUAUUAGAUCAGUUCAUAGAAAGUGGAAGCAAUGGCCGCUGUGACACUGUUAGAGGAUUGGUGCAAGGGGAUGGACCUGGACCCUAGGAAGGCCUUGCUGAUUGUGGGGAUCCCCGUGGAGUGUAGUGAGAUGGAAAUUAAAGAGACCGUGAAGGCAGGCUUACAGCCCCUGUGCGCCUACAGGGUGCUGGGCAGAAUGUUCAGAAGGGAAGACAAUGCUAAGGCCAUCUUCAUUGAAUUGGCUGACUUUGUCAAUUUCACUACGAUACCCAGUGAGAUACCAGGAAAGGGAGGUGCCUGGGAAGUGGUGGUGAAACCCCGUAACUCAGAUGACGAUUUCAUCGCUAGACUGAACUACUUCCUGAAGGAUGAGGGCCGGAAAAUGGCAGAUGUGGCCAAAAUCCUGGGGUAUAGCAGUGUCACUGAGAGCGUGGAGCCAGAGGGUUCUUCCCAGUUCAAACUGGCAGUUAUUCAGCCUCUGAAAGAAACCAUGUGGUACCGAAAACUUAAAGUGUUUUCGGGAAAUACUUUCCCAGGCUCAGGUGAAGAGAACUUUGAAGUCUGGCUAGAGCACGUCACUGAGAUUAUGAAGGUGUGGCAAGUGUCUAUGGUAGAACAGAGGCGCCGUUUGCUGGAGAGCCUACGGGGCCCUGCCCUGUCCAUCAUGAGGAUGCUCCUGGCUAACAAUGACUCCAUGACUGUGGAGCAGUGCCUGGACGCUCUGAGGCAGAUCUUUGGGAGUAAAGAGGACUAUAGAACCUCACAGUUUAAGUUUUUUCAGAGCUUUCAGCUGUCUGGGGAGAAAACCUCUGUUUUUUUGCUACGGUUAGAGCCCCUGUUGCAGAAAGCUGUGCAGCACAGCCCCUUGUCAAUAAGAAACACAGACAUGAUUCGCCUGAAGCACAUUCUAGCUCGGGCCAAUAUGACCACCAGCCUCCGGGGCAAGCUUAAGCUCCUGGAUCAGCGUGCGUGUCCUCCCACUUUUCUGGAGUUAAUGAAGCUCAUUCGAGAUGAUGAAGAGUGGGAGAUCACCAUGGCAGUGAUAAAGGAGAAGCACAGGAAUAAACAGAGGGACCGCAGUGCCUCUGAUAGCCAGGUAGUAGCAGAAGCCACUGUUUCUGUACCUCAGGUCAUUGUGCAGGCAGGGCCAUAUUGUGAGAAUAGCACCCAGACCUUCCAGGAAAGGGUUGCCCCGAGCCUGAAGCGCAGGCGACUGUCAGGCCAUGGUAGUGGGGAGGAAGCAUAUUCUGAGGACAUAUGCCCUAAGACUGAAAACGCACCUCCACCAAAGGAGGGUCCUCACUUUGCAGCAGAAGAGAGGGGAAACGAGGCAGGGGCUGGGGCCAUGAGCCACCCCAAGCCCUAGAAAGCAUAGGCUCAAGAGAACCGGGCACCCCUUCCCCUACCAGGCAGAAGAAAGGUUUUAACAAGGGGAAGGGGCAGUCCGCACAAGCAGCAGAGGACCUGAGUGGGGCAGAAGGGCAGGGCAGUCAGGACCAGGCCAAGCCCCCUCACCCUCCACCAGCUCAAAGGGACUCCACCCAUGAAGCCGAACUCGGCUCAUGGAGGGCCAAGCACACGGUCCG